CUGGAUCUCUCUGCCUACCUCCUCCCCCUCCCCCUCCUCCUCCUUCUUGGUAGCAAUAGGCUCUUCCUCCUCCUCAAGGCUACCAUCAACAUGCGUUUCUUGAUUGCCGCGGCCUCAGCGGCCAUCCUGCUGACUUGCUCGGCAGCCCCUGCAACGUCGUCGAGCAAGCAUGUGCUUCACGAGAAGCGAGAGGGACGACCUCACUCGUGGCAGAAGCGGAGUCGUGCCGAUGCUGAGCAUGUCAUGCCUAUCCGGAUUGCCCUGCGUGAACGCAACAUUGAGAAUGCCGAAAAGUACAUUUAUGAUGUUGCCGAUCCCAGGUCGCCCAAUUUUGGCAAGCACUGGUCCGCGGAAAAGGUUGCGAAUACAUUCGCUCCGCAUCCAGAGACCAAGAACACCGUGAUGAACUGGCUCGAGGAAUCUGGCAUUGAGAAAUCUAGGAUGUCACUCUCGACAGGGCACAACUGGGUACAAUUCGAGGGCACGGUAGAGGAGGCAGAAAGGCUCUUUGCAACAGAGUACUGGCACUACCAGCACCUCGAGACGGGCGGAUCUCGCCUGGCCUGCGACCACUACAGCCUCCCCGAGCACAUCCAGGAGCACGUCGACUUCGCCAUGCCCACCAUCCAGCUCGAGGGUCUCCAGCCCGUGGCCAACGCCAUCACCAGCCGUGACCUCAUGACCGAGAUCACCGACGGCGCCGUCCUGGGCACGUAUCCCUGCGGCGAGCUGGUCACCAUCGACUGCCUGCGCGCCCUGUACAACUUUGGGCCCGGAAACACCUCGGCAGCAGGCAACAAGAUGGGCAUCGGCGAGUGGGCAGACUACCUGUACGAGCCGGACCUGCCCAUCUUCUUCAAAAACUUCACGUCGCCGCAGAUCCCCGCCAACGUGACGCCCGAGUUCAUCUCCAUCGACGGCGGGCUCACGGCCAACCUGACGACCGUCUCGCAGGACUCGGGGAUAGAGUCUGCGCUGGAUUUCCAGUCUGCUUACUCCAUCAUCUACCCGCAACAGCUGAGGCUGUACCAGGUUGGGGAUGGUGUGAAUGUCGACAGUGUGGGCACUUUUAACAUCUGGCUGGAUGCUCUGGAUGCUAGCUAUUGCACGUAUGAGGGUGGAGAUCAACCUUAUGUCGAUCCCGCAUAUCCUGACCCGAAUGACAACGAGGGUGGCUACACAGGACCGCUGCAAUGCGGUGGCGCUCCCAUCUCCAAUGUCUUGUCAGUGAGCUAUGGGCAGAUCGAAGGUGCCCUGCCAUACUUCUAUCAAGUCCGUCAGUGCAACGAGUGGAUGAAGCUCGCCCUGCAGGGCGUGAGCGUCUUGUUCGCCAGCGGAGACUCGGGCGUGGCCAACAGAUACAAUGCUGGCUAUCCCAACUCGUGUCUGAAUUCCGAGGAGUUAUACGUUGAUAUCAACGGCACUCGCUACUCUCCGUCGUUCCCUGGAAACUGCCCAUACAUCACCACAGUGGGAGCCACACAGCUCAUCACCAAUGACACCAGCGACGGAGAGUCGGCAACAACAGACUUCGGCUCCGGAGGCGGUUUCUCCAACGUCUUCCCCCUGCCUUCCUACCAGAGCACCGCCGUGGGCAAGUUCAUGGAGAAGUACGCGCCCGACUACGGCCCCAAUGUAUACAACGACACGGGCAACGCGCGCGGGUUCCCAGACGUGUCGGCCGUCGGGUGGCAGGUCGUGACGGUCUUCAACGGCUCCACGUACGGCGUGGGCGGCACCAGCGCCAGCGCGCCCAUCUUCGCGGGCAUCGUGACGCUGCUGAACGAGGACCGCAUCGCGGCGGGCAAGGGGCCCAUUGGGUUCCUGAACCCGACCUUGUAUGCGAACCCGGAUGCAUUUAAUGAUAUUACUAUUGGGAACAACGCGGGUUGUGGCUCGGGCGGGUUCAAUGCCACGCCUGGGUGGGACCCCGUGACUGGGCUGGGGACGCCUGAUUACGAGAAGUUGAAGGCAGUCUUCCUGGCUCUUCCUUGAGGUACUUUUGAGGUGUCUUUGAAGAGGAGGCAUGGUCGGAAGACAAGUAUAUAAUGAAGCCUGUAUUGAGGAAUGAAUCGAUAUGGCCCCACC